AUGGCGCACAACGGAUUUUUAAAACAAAAACCAGGAUUUGCCACGAUUGCUAUACAUACCGGUCAAGAACCAGAAAAAUGGAAAAGUUCGGCCGUAGUGCCACCGAUUGUUAUGUCCACUACUUUCAAACAACCGGCUCCGGCUGAACACACGGGUUUUGAGUAUGGGCGAUCAGGAAAUCCCACUAGAAAUACUUUAGAAGAAUGCCUUGCGGCAUUAGAUGGUGGAAAACACGGAUUUACUUUUGCUUCUGGUCUUGGCGCAAUGUCAACAGUUGUGAUGCUGCUUAGUAAAGGCGAUCACAUCGUUUCAAUUGAUGACGUCUAUGGUGGCACAAACCGUCUUUUAAGACAAGUUGUUACAAGAAUGGGAAUCGACGUCACUUUUACGGACACUACAGUCCCUGGAAACUUAGAAAAAGCAAUUCAAAAAAAUACAAAGAUGCUUUGGCUAGAAACACCGACAAACCCGAACAUGAAGGUUGUUGAUAUUGCCGCUGCAGUCAAAACAGCAAAGAGUCUCGGUGACAUUAUUGUUGUUGUAGACAACACAUUCCUUACACCUUACUUACAAAAGCCUUUGGACUUUGGAGUGGAUAUCGUUUUAUAUUCCUUAACAAAAUAUAUGAAUGGUCAUUCCGAUGUAGUUAUGGGAGCAGCGGUUGUCAACGAUGAAGUUAUAGCUGAUAAACUUCGAUUUUUACAAAAUUCAAUGGGAAUUGUUCCAUCACCAUUUGAUAGUUACUUAGUCAACAGAAGUUUGAAAACAUUGGCUUUACGCAUGGAGCGUCAUAAAGAAUCUGCACUAGUGGUUGCCAAAUGGUUAGAGUCACAUCCAAAUGUUAUCGAAGUAAUGCACCCAGGCUUGCCUUCCCAUAAACAAUAUGAUAUCACCAAAAAACAAACGAGUGGUCAUUCUGGAGUUUUUAGUUUCAAACAUACUGGUGAUCUAAAAGAAUCAAGAAAGUUUCUAAGUUCACUGAAAGUAUUCACAUUGGCAGAAAGUUUGGGGGGAUAUGAAAGUCUUGCGGAAUUACCUUCGCUGAUGACACAUGCGUCAGUUCCCGAGAAGCAGCGCGAAGAACUUGGAAUCACGCAUGCACUGAUAAGGCUUUCUGUUGGGUUAGAGGAUGUUGAGGACCUCUUAGCAGAUUUGGACAGCGCAUUCAAAGUAGCAUUUGAAUGA